CUCGCUCAUGCCAUGCUGGGCCAGCGCGGCUCCGGCAGACGUGUGUUUACCCAUAUCCGGGUUAGGGAGGAAAGGAGGAGAAAAAAAAAGUUUCAUUUAAACCUGAACAAAAAAACUUUCAACGUGAAAUCACACAGCGGGAACGGGCACGGACCGUAAGGCGUUCUUACCAUUUCUAACCUCAACCACGGACUCGGGAAGGGAAAUCGCUGUAACUCGGUGCGUGCGGAGCGGUCCGUAGGGGAUACUCUGGGCUCAGUCAAGUCCCUGCCCCGGCCGCUUCUCCUUCUGCCCCUCUCCUCUCCUUCCCCCCACCCCUCUGCUCGCCCCCCAUUUUUCAGGGUGGGAGUAGAUUUUUUUUUUAUUUUGUUUAGUUUUUCAAUUUUGGGGUCUUUUUAAAAUUUUUUUUGAUAGUUACUAUUAUCAGCACCAAUUUCUCCGGACUCGCAAUGUUGCGAUGAUCAUGGCCGCGCAAGUCGCAGCGGCUCCGGCGAGUGCGAACAACAGCAAGGGCAAAGCCCCGAGCCUGCCGGGCGGCCUGGGCCCAGAGCGAGGCCCGGGGGGGCCCGGGGCUCCCGGGCCGGGCCCCGCACUGGGGGUCGGCGAGGGGAGUCCGGCCGGCGGCAACAGCGUGAAUAAUUUAGAUCACCAUCUCCACCACCACCACCGCAGCGAGCCGCCGAACAUGGCCAAUAACGCGGCUCCCGCCGCUGCCGCCGGUAACAACAACAACAACGCCAGCGGCGGCGGCGGCGGCUCCUCCUCGGAGCCGGCUCUGAAGGAAGGUGGAAGCUCCUCGGAGUUAUCUUCAUCUUCUUCGUCUUCUUCCUCCUCCUCCUCCUCCUCCUCCAACCCGGGCUCGGCUAUGGAGACGGGGCUGCUCCCCAACCACAAGCUGAAGAGCGUCGGAGGCGAUCACCCCGCCGCGCCGCCCCACCACCACCAUGCCCACCACCCGCAUCACCAUGCCCACCACCACCAUGCCCACCACCCGCACCACCACCACCAUGCACUACAGCAGCAGCUAAAUCAAUUCCCGCCGCCGCCGCCGCAGCAGCCGCCGCCUCAGCACCAUCCCGUGCAGAAUAACAACAGCAGCCUCGGCGGCGGCGGCGGCGGCAGCGGCAGCAACAACAACGGCGGUGGCGGUGGCGGCGCUGCUCAGCCCAGUGCAGACAUGGAGCAGCAGCAACAUGGAGGAAAAGACAGUGUUUUGGGCGCUCAGGCCGAGCCCCCCCAGCAGCCGCAGCAAAUGCUGAAUAAAGGCGCCGACGAGGAGGAGAUGCCCGGCAAGAUGGGCGAGCCCAUCGGCGGCCGCUACGACCACCCCGGCUUGGGACCCCUGGGCGGACAGCAGCAGCCCCAGCAGCCGCCCCCGAGCGCUGGGAGCGGCGGCGGCGGCCUCGGCGGCGGCGGCGGGAGCGGGGGAGGCGGCGGCGGCCCCUCCGCGGUGGGUGUCUCGGAGUUCAAUAGCUAUUAUGGCAACCCUGCCCCUGCCCCUGCCAGCAGCGCUACGGCGAGCCGCGCCGGGCCUUGCUUUGAUCAACAUGGCGGACAACAAAGCCCCGGGAUGGGGAUAAUGCACCCCACGGCGGCCCCCAACAGCAUGGACCCCCUGCAGAACUCCCACGAAGGGUACCCCAACAGCCAGUACAACCACUACCCGGGCUACGGCCGCGGCCCCAGCGGCGGCGGCGCGGGCGGCGGCGGCGGCGCGGGAGCCGUGGCGGCAGCGGCGGCGGCCGCCGGGGCAGGCGGCGGCGGCUACGGGGGCUCCGCGGCGGGCUACGGGGUGCUGAGCUCCCCGAGGCAGCCCGGCGGCGGCAUGAUGAUGGGCCCCGGCGGCGGAGCCGGCCUCGGCAAGGCUGGUGCCGGCGCGGCGGCGGCGGCCGGCGGCUUUGCGCGGUUCUCCGGGCAGAACCAGCACCCGUCCGGGGCCACCCCUACCUUGAACCAGCUGCUCACGUCCCCCAGCCCCAUGAUGCGGAGCUACGGCAGCAGCUACCCCGACUACAGCAGCCCCAGCGCCCCGCCGCAGCCCCAGCCCCAGGCAGCGGCGGCCGCCCCGGGAAGCCAGCAGGCAGCGGCGGGCAUGGGCAUGGGCAAGGACAUGGGCGCCCAGUACGGAGCGGCGAACCCGGCCUGGGCAGCGGCUCAACAAAGGAACCACCCGGCGAUGAGCCCCGGGAACACCGGGCAGGCCAUCAGCAGGACCCAGGGCAGUCCGAUGGAUCCGAUGGUGAUGAAGAGGCCGCAGCUGUACGGCAUGGGCAAUAACCCUCACUCUCAGGCACAGCAGAGCAGCCCCUACCCCGGGCAGUCGUACGGCCCUCCCGGCCCCCAGCGCUAUCCCGUGGGAAUGCAGGGCCGAGCCCCGGCAGCCAUGGGAGGAAUGCAGUAUCCACAGCAACAGAUCCCACCUCAGUAUGGUCAGCAAGGUGUGAGUGGCUACUGCCAGCAGGGCCAGCAGCCGUACUACAACCAGCAGCCGCAGCCGCAGCACCUGCCGCCCCAGGCACAGUACCUGUCGCAGGCCCAGCAGAGGUACCAGGCUCAGCAGGACAUGUCUCAGGAAGGCUAUGGAACCAGAUCUCAACCCCCUAUGGCCCCAGGAAAGCCUAACCAUGAGGACUUGAAUCUAAUCCAGCAAGAAAGACCAUCGAGCUUACCAGUUGAAGUCUUGGCCUCCGAGGAUGCUACAUUUGGACACAAGGAUUUAUCUGGAUCCAUUGACGACUUGCCGACUGGAACUGAAGCAACCCUCAGCUCAGCUGUUAGCGCGUCAGGCUCUACGAGCAGCCAAGGGGAGCAGAGCAACCCUGCACAGUCUCCGUUUUCCCCUCAUGCUUCUCCACAUCUCUCUGGCAUCCCUGGGGGACCAUCGCCUUCCCCUGUAGGCUCACCCGUUGGAAGCAACCAGUCAAGAUCUGGUCCCAUUUCUCCAGCGAGUAUUCCAGGCAGUCAGAUGCCACCGCAGCCUCCUGGCAGCCAGUCAGAAUCCAGCUCCCACCCUGCCUUGAGCCAGUCACCAAUGCCACAGGACCGAGGUUUUAUGGCAGGCAUACAGAGGAACCCCCAAAUGUCACAGUAUGGACCUCAACAAACUGGACCUUCCAUGUCACCACACCCCUCACCUGGAGGUCAAGUGCAUCCUGGAAUUGGUAGCUUUCAGCAGAGUAAUUCAAGUGGUACUUAUGGGCCUCAGAUGAGCCAGUAUGGACCACAAGGAAACUACUCCAGACCACCAACGUACAGCGGUGUCCCCAACACAAGUUACAGUGGCCCAGGACCUGGCAUGGGUAUAAAUGCCAACAGUCAGAUGCAUGGACAGGGGCCAAGCCAGCCUUGUGGUUCCAUGCCCCUGGGACGGAUGCCAUCAGCUGGGAUGCAGAGCAGACCAUUUCCUGGAAACAUGAGCAGUAUGACCCCCAAUUCUCCUGGCAUGUCUCAACAGGGAGGCCCUGGGAUGGGCCCACCCAUGCCAACUGUGAACCGUAAGGCACAGGAGGCGGCUGCUGCAGUGAUGCAGGCUGCUGCGAACUCCGCUCAGAGCAGGCAAGGCAAUUUUCCUGCCAUGAAUCAGAGCGGGAUUAUGGGCUCCAGCUCCCCCUACACUCAGCCAAUGAACAACAGCUCUGGCCUGAUGAACCCCCAGGCUCCUCCUUACAGCAUGGCACCCAACAUGGUGAACAGCUCAACAGGUAAUGCACCUAUGGGUAUUGCAGAUAUGAUGACACCUGGUGAGUCCAAACUUCCUCUUCCUCUCAAAGCAGAUGGCAAAGAAGAAGGAGCCCCCCAGCCCGAGAGCAAGUCAAAGGAUAGCUACAGCUCUCAGGGUAUUUCUCAGCCCCCAACCCCAGGCAACCUGCCAGUCCCUUCCCCAAUGUCCCCAAGCUCUGCUAGCAUCUCCUCAUUUCAUGGAGAUGAAAGUGAUAGCAUUAGCAGCCCAGGCUGGCCAAAGACUCCAUCAAGCCCUAAAUCAAGUUCCUCUACCACGACUGGAGAGAAGAUCACUAAAGUCUAUGAGCUAGGCAACGAGCCAGAGCGCAAGAUGUGGGUGGAUCGGUACCUGACGUUCAUGGAGGAGAGGGGCACGCCUGUGGCCAGUCUGCCAGCUGUGGGCAAGAAGCCCUUGGACUUGUUCAGGCUCUACGUCUGUGUAAAGGAGAUUGGAGGUUUAGCACAGGUUAAUAAAAACAAGAAGUGGCGUGAGCUGGCAACCACCUUGAACGUUGGCACUUCGAGCAGCGCAGCCAGCUCCCUGAAAAAACAAUACAUUCAGUACCUGUUUGCCUUCGAGUGCAAGAUUGAGCGAGGGGAGGAGCCCCCUCCAGAAGUCUUCAGCACUGGAGAUACCAAGAAACAACCUAAGAUUCAGCCGCCAUCUCCUGCUAAUUCUGGUUCUUUGCAAGGCCCACAGACUCCACAGUCCACUGGUAGUAAUUCCAUGACAGAAGUGCCAGGCGAUUUGAAGCCCCCAACACCAGCAUCCACACCUCAUGGACAGAUGACACCUAUGCAGGGUGGCAGAAACAGCGCAGUCAGUGUGCAUGAUCCCUUUUCUGAUGUAAGUGAUUCAGCGUUCCCAAAGCGAAACUCCAUGACGCCAAAUGCACCAUACCAGCAGGGAAUAAACAUGCCAGAUAUGAUGGGAAGGAUGCCAUAUGAGCCGAAUAAAGAUCCUUUCGGUGGAAUGAGAAAAGUGCCUGGAAGCAAUGAGCCUUUCAUGACCCCUGGACAAAUGCCUAACAGUGGAAUACAAGAUAUGUAUAACCAGAGUCCAUCUGGAGCAAUGUCCAACAUGAGCAUGAGCCAGCGACAGCAGUUCUCUUAUGGAAGUGGCUAUGACAGGAGGUUGGAUCAUGGGCUGGGUCCUGAAAGCAGUACGGUACCACCUGGUCAAGGCAACAUGGUGCCUUCAAACAGUGACCCAAGCAUGUACUCUCCUAAUUGUUACCCUGGCCAGCAAAGGCAUGAACCAUAUGGGCAGCAGUAUCCAGGACAAGGACCUCCCUCAGGACAGCCACCAUAUGGAGGACAUCAACCUGGAAUGUAUCCACAGCAGCAGAACUACAAGAGACACAUGGAUGGCAUGUAUGGGCCUCCAGCCAAACGCCACGAAGGGGAUAUGUAUAACAUGCAGUAUGGCAACCAGCAGCAGGAAAUGUAUAACCAGUAUGGCAACGCUUACACAGGGCCUGACAGGAGGCCCAUGCAGGGACAGUACCCAUAUCCAUAUAACAGGGAAAGGAUGCAGGGCCCAGGACAAAUGCAGCAGCAUGGAAUACCUCCCCAGAUGAUUGGUGGCCCCAUGCAGUCGUCAUCCUCCAGUGAAGGUCCUCAGCAGAACAUGUGGCCAACACGAAAUGAUAUGCCUUACCCUUACCAGAACAGGCAAGGUCCAGGAGGCCCUGCACAGGCCCCUCCGUAUCCAGGGAUGAAUCGCACUGAUGAUAUGAUGGUACCUGACCAGAGGAUAAACCACGAGAGUCAGUGGCCUUCUCAUGUCAACCAACGGCAGCCUUCUUAUAUGUCAUCCUCAGCCUCCAUGCAGCCUAUCACUAGACCUCCUCAGUCAUCCUACCAGACACCACCCUCUAUGCCAAACCACAUCUCCAGAGCUCCAAGUCCAGCGUCCUUCCAGCGCUCUUUGGAAAACCGUAUGUCUCCAAGCAAGUCUCCUUUCCUACCCUCCAUGAAGAUGCAAAAGGUUAUACCCACAGUUCCAGUGUCACAGGUCACAGGACCUCCACCCCAACCACCACCGAUCAGGCGAGAGAUUACCUUCCCCCCAGGCUCUGUAGAAGCAUCCCAACCAGUCUUAAAACCAAGACGAAAGAUUACCUCAAAAGAUAUUGUAACUCCUGAGGCCUGGAGAGUGAUGAUGUCUCUUAAAUCUGGUCUUUUGGCUGAAAGUACCUGGGCGCUAGACACUAUUAAUAUUCUUCUGUAUGAUGACAGCACUGUUGCUACGUUCAACCUCUCUCAGUUGUCUGGAUUUCUUGAGCUUUUAGUAGAAUAUUUUAGAAAAUGCCUGAUUGACAUUUUUGGAAUCCUUAUGGAAUAUGAAGUGGGAGAUCCAGGCCACAAAGCACUUGAUCACAAAGCAGCCAAGAAAGAUGAUAGUCAGUCCUUGGCAGAGGAUACUGGAAAAGAUGAGAAUGACGAAUGUAUUGACUAUUUUGAUGAAGAUGAGGAGGAGGGAGAGGAUGAAAAGGUAGAAGGAGAAGAAAAGAGCAUUGUUUUUUCUACUCCUGGUGCCAUUGCUGAUCCAAGUGAGAGGCCAAAACAAGCCAGUAAAUUUGACAAGCUGCCAAUAAAGAUUGUAAAGAAAAAUAAUCUAUUUGUUGUUGACCGAUCUGACAAACUUGGACGUGUUCAGGAAUUUGAUAGUGGACUUCUCCACUGGCAGCUUGGUGGUGGUGACACGACUGAGCAUAUCCAGACUCACUUUGAAAGCAAGAUGGAGAUUCCACCACGCAGGAAAGCUCCUCCUCCCUUGAACUCUCCAAGCAAAAAGAAGGACCUCGAGGGGAAAGGUGAAUCUGAGGAGCAACAAGAAAAGAGUAUAACAGCAACCAUUGAUGAUGUCCUCUCGGCUCGGCCAGGAGCACUACCUGAAGACUCAAACUCUGGUUCCCAAACAGAGAGCAGUAAAUUUCCCUUCGGGAUCCAUCAAGCCAAAAGCCACCGGAAUAUUAAACUGCUAGAGGAUGAGCCAAGGAGCCGGGAUGAGACUCCUCUAUGCACCAUAACUCACUGGCAAGACUCCUUGGCCAAACGCUGCAUCUGUGUGUCAAAUAUCGUCCGUAGCUUGUCUUUUGUGCCUGGCAAUGACACCGAAAUGUCCAAACAUCCAGGCUUGGUGCUGAUCCUGGGAAAGUUGAUCCUUCUUCACCACGAGCAUCCAGAAAGAAAGCGAGCGCCGCAGACUUACGAGAAAGAGGAAGAGGAGGACAAAGGGGUGGCCUGCAGCAAGGAUGAGUGGUGGUGGGACUGCCUCGAGGUCUUGAGGGAUAAUACAUUGGUCACAUUAGCCAACAUUUCUGGGCAGCUAGACUUGUCUGCUUACACAGAAAGCAUCUGUUUGCCAAUUUUGGAUGGCUUGCUGCACUGGAUGGUGUGCCCGUCUGCAGAGGCACAGGAUCCUUUUCCAACCGUGGGGCCCAACUCAGUUCUUUCGCCUCAGAGACUUGUGCUGGAGACCCUGUGUAAGCUCAGUAUCCAGGACAAUAAUGUGGACCUUAUCUUGGCGACCCCCCCAUUCAGCCGUCAGGAGAAACUCUACGCUACUUUAGUUAGGUACGUUGGGGACCGCAAAAACCCGGUCUGCCGAGAAAUGUCCAUGGCGCUCCUAUCGAACCUUGCCCAGGGGGACACAUUAGCAGCAAGGGCAAUAGCUGUGCAGAAGGGAAGCAUUGGAAACUUGAUAAGCUUCCUGGAGGAUGGGGUCACUAUGGCCCAGUACCAGCAGAGCCAGCAUAACCUCAUGCACAUGCAGCCUCCGCCUCUGGAGCCGCCUAGCGUAGACAUGAUGUGCAGGGCAGCCAAGGCCUUGCUGGCCAUGGCGAGAGUGGACGAGAACCGCUCCGAGUUCCUUUUGCACGAGGGUCGUUUGCUGGAUAUCUCAAUAUCUGCUGUCCUGAACUCUCUGGUUGCAUCUGUCAUCUGUGAUGUACUUUUUCAGAUUGGGCAGUUAUGACAUAAGUGAGAAGCCAAGCAUGUGUGAGUGGAGAUUAGAGGGUCACAUAUAACUGGCUGUUUUCUGUUCUUGUUUAUCCAAUGUAGGAAGAAGGAAAAAAAAAGAAUCUUUGCUCCUCUGCCCCAUUCACUAUUUACCAAUUGGGAAUUAAAGAAAUUAUUAAUUUGAACAGUUAUGAAAUUAAUAUUUGCUGUCUAUGUGUAUAAGUACAUCUUUUUAUUUUAUUUUUUUUAACCAAAGUUGCUGUCUAGUACAUUCAAAGGUCACACUUUUUUUUUCCAUAGAUUAUCCUUUUCAAUGUUCUUUUCCAUGUUUGUAUUGCAUAUUUUUUGGGAAGCGAACUAGUGACUUUUUAAAAAAAAUGUUACGGCAAACCAUUGUAUGAUGGGAAAAAAAGUCCCACCACUUUGAAACAAAAAGGUGAAAAAUAACCAACAUACCAAGUUCCUGUGUGUUUUAUUUUUUCAGAUAAGGAAAAAAUAAAAAAAAAACUUGUAUACCAUCACCCAAAGCUCUGUGCAAUAGAAGAUUCUAGUGAUGUAGGUAUAGGGGAUCAAGGAGGGUGUCAGUCAGUAGUCAAAAUCCAAAACAAUACUGAUUUCUCCUCAGGAGAAAUGGUUACAUUAGGCUAGGAGCAAAACAAAACAAAAUAAGUCAAGUUAAAAGAUUUUUAAACAAAACCUGAAGUUAAACAUCAAUUGCUUCCUCACCAGAACUGUCUUGUCUACAUCUUUUUUUUUUUUUUGACCUUCCACAAUGACAGUUCUUCACAAUUCCUUUAAUCAUUUUUUAAAAUAUUUUUUUAUUGCCUAAGGGCCGUGAUGUAUAUAGAAGUUGUACAUGAAACAUACCCUCAUUUUUUUUUUUUUAGUACAAAGUUUUUAGUUUCUUUUUCAUGAUGUGGUAUCUACAAAGUGAUAGUAGAAUUAUUUUUUUCUUUCAUUUGGGCCAUAUCUCCAAAAAAUAAUAAAAAAAAAAGAAAAAAGAAAAAACCCAACACAGAAAACCAACAACUGAGGGUAAUGUACAAGUUUCUGUAUGUAUAAAGUCAUGCUCUAUUUCGGGAGAGCAGCCGAUCACAAUUUGCUUUAUAAAUCAAGGUGUGGAAAUGGUUACGUAUGGAUUGAUUUAAGAAAAUGGUUACCAGUCUACAGACAAAAUAUAUACAGGAAAAAAAAAAAGGAAGAAACACAACUUCAAAGAUUUUUCAGUGACAAGAAUCUGCAUUUGUAUUUCAAGAUAAUGUAGUUAAAAAAGAAAAAACUUGAUGUAAAUUCCUCCUUUUCCUCUGGCUUAAUGAAUUUCAUUUAUUCAGUAUAAAAUCUUUAUAUGUUCCACAUGUUAAGAAUAAAUGUACAUUAAAUCUUGUUAAGCACU